AUGUCCAAAAAGAUCAACACAACAAAGUGUGGAGGCACAGGACGGGUUCACCUCGGGGGAGGUCCGGCGGGCGACGUCGGCGAAGAGGCGACAAAGGAGCUCUGGGGCCACUGGGAGGCGACGGGGGAGGCACUAGGGGGGCGGAGACUCGGGAGAGCACUGGAACCACUGGGGGGAGGAGACUCGGAGGGAGCACUAGGAGACUCGGAGGGAGCACUAGGAGACUACAACUGGAUCCAAAUCCUCUCAGCCGUUCUCCUCUGUGCUGAGGACCAGAAUCGCCCAGAGAUGCUGCAGAUCGAACCUCUUUGCAGUUUUCUCCAGGACAAAUGGCAGCGAUUCGCCUCCAAGCUGUUCCUCCUGAACUUCUUGUCUUAUUUAACGUACCUGUCCGUCUUCACCGCGGUGGCGUACUGCAGGAAAGACGGACAGCCGCCGUUCCCAGUGGAAAACGUCCCAGCUGAUCACCUCCGCUGCAUCGGUGAAACCAUCAGUGUCCUGGGAGCAGCCAGGUUUCUCUACAAAACUAUAACCAUUUUCAGGAGGAACCCCCCAAACAUCAAGUCUCUGUUUACUGAUGGAUUCACUGAAAUUCUGUUUUUUCUGCAGGCGGCCCUGCUGCUGCUGUUUGCGGUGUUGUACUGCUGCGGGCGGACAGAAUACGUCGGGCCACUCGUCUUGUCUCUGGCUCUCGCCCGGAUGAAUGUUUUAUGUUACACACGAGGCUCCAGGCAGUUGGGGAUCUGCAACGCCAUGAUGCAGAGAAUGAUCCUGGGCGACCUUCUGCACUUCUUAUGCGUCUACAUCGUCCUGCUUUUUGGAUUUUCUGCCGCCGUCUGCACCCUCAUCGACGACUCACCUGGAGAGAGUCCGACCAGCGGCCCGGUUCCACUACGAAGGAGCUUCAACGUCGAAACGUUCAAAUGCGAGAAGCCGAGCUACAACGACAUCGGCUUCACCAGGCUGGAACUGUUCAAGUUCACCAUCAGGAUGGGCGACCUGGAGUUCACCGACCAUGUGCAGAACAAGACAGUCUUCCACGUCCUGCUCAUCUGCUACAUCGUCCUCACCUACAUCCUGAUGCUCAACAUGCUCAUCGCCCUGAUGGGGAAGACGGUGGAGAGAAUCACGGAGCAAAGCCAAACCAUCUGGAACCUAAACCGUUUUGUUGUCGUUUCCCAGAGAGCGACUCUGCCGCGCUGGCUGAGGACGAAGCUGCAGUCCGGAGCGUCAGAGGUGGUCUGCGUCAGGAACGACCAGGUCGACGCUCGGAGAUUCGUCAGAGUGACAGAAAUGAACUGGAAUAAAUGGCGACCGGAUCUCGGCGUUAAGCUGAAGGAAGAACCUGCAGCUCAGCUGACGACCGCGCAAACCCAGGAGGAAACGUCUGGGAAUCCAUGGAACAUAAAUGUGCUUCUCCAGAGGAUUCGCUCCAGACAGGAAGACGUUCUCUAA